UCCCAAGUAAAAUACGGUUUUUACACCAACGUGAUAAAAAUAGACACAUGUAAUGGGUCGCUACUGGUUCAUGUGAGGACAUGGGAGUUAUUAUUCUAUUGUUGACAAGGAGAUUUCAUAAAGCGGGGCAAAAUGAUCUUAAACAGAUGAACAUGUACAUGUAUCUUCACAAUGCAAAGUGAAAGGACAGACUAGUGAUCUUAAGUGUCACCAAUGGCCAUAUUAAGUGUUUUUCCCAUCAGAUGUUAUCAAACUAUCUUUUACCAUAUGCUAUAAGUGUAAACUUUGAACUCAGUUAUCACUUCAUUCAUUGGAGAUAUUUUUAUCAAGUCUUAACAAAUCAGUUAUGUUCAGCCUCAAAAGCCAGAUCUGUUGAAGGCUGUAAUAGUCAGCCUUUGGAUAAACCGUAGACGUUCUUGAAAUGAGUUAUGAUUUGAUUCUAAUUAUAGAUUUAGCAUGUGACUAACUUGUAGUUAUUGCAUUCAAGGAUAUUGGUUUUAAGCUGUGCAUUGUUAAUUGUUGGUGAACAAACACUUCAGUGAUUAUCAACUAGGUUCAAUAGGGUUUAAACAAAGCCAUAUACCACGAACUAUAAAACAAUUGACUUCUAAGAGAAAUAAGAAAAGUGAACUAUAAUAAGUUUUGAAACUCUCUCUCUGUUGUUGAGAAGGUAGAAACUUGGGCAAGAUGCGGAAGAUUCGAUUGUCGGAUACGGACCUGGAGCUGUUUGAUAUUGAGAUCUCUCCGGGAGAUUACAUGUUCUUCCAGCGACACAAAGAUGCCUUCAAAACCAUGUUCCGAGAACAGGGCAAGCCCUUCUGGACCCGAUUUGCGAUUACGUUCCGCAGCUUCACAGUGAAACACGGCAUCAUCAAGCAGAUGAAUAUUGAUUCUCCAAAGUUCCAAAACCUCAUAGACCAGGCUUUCAUAUUCAUACACGAACAGUUUGUUGAUGGCAAACAAAACAUGGCAAAGAACUUCCUAGAGGACAUAGCUCGCCUGGCCCAGAAUCAAGACAGGUUCCCGGAACUGGACUCAAAGUCUUUCUCGAAGGACCCUUUUUACAUUCGUGAGACGAGAGAGCUUUUUAGAAACUUUUUUGGAACCCCAGAUCAAAAGUCAUCAUAUUUAAAGGUGUACAUUCUCAGUCCAGUGUAUUUACGGUUCGGUGGCUCCAUCUGCCGGUGUCUGAUUCGCUGGACUGAGGCCCAGCAAAUGGACCCAAAGGAUGAAUCGUACUGGAUCCCGCCCCAGCCCCAAACUGAAACGCAAUCUGGAAAUGCGGAGGCUGCAGAAACAAUCAUGUGCUCUUCUUGUAUAGAUUUUUGUGGGACAAUUUACUUUAAAGAAAAAAUCAUGGGAUACAGAGGUGGCCCUGUUUCAUUUUGCUUUUGGAGAAAGGGCGAUCCUCGUUUUAAUGAUCCCAACAACCCUCUUUAUGCCCCUCACCUGUCAAAAGAUGAUGAUUGGCGAGAUCUUCUCACCAUUGACAUGUUUCGAGACUUCUUUAAUUAUGUGCGAUACACAUACGGCAGUGAGUCUGACAAAUGUGACGAGUGUCAAGAUUUGAAAAAGAAACGAGAUAAAGUAAUACAUGUUUGUCGUGCUUCAAAGAAAAAAAAGAAAAAACCGGCAAAAGAAAAAGAAGAGCUUAUAAAGGACUUAAAGGAGGUGAGGGAACAGAUUGAUAAAAUUGAUGAUUCUAACUCUGGCCUGGAGGAGAUACUGAGAAAUAAACCAAGAGUUAGAGAGGCAUUGCAAGAGGUUGAGAGAAAGGAAAAGUUAGAAAAACUUCAUAAAGCUGCACUGAAGCAGAAGAGUAGCGAAUAUCAGGUAAAUAAGAUCCAGCUGGACGGAGACUCGAAAGACUUAGUUCAGUCUAACUCACUUGUGAAAACUGUCAAACGCUCCGACUUCAGCACUGAGGAGGAAUUCCGUGAGAACACCAUGUUUAAAAUGCCUGACGGUUACGACCCAAAUGACCCGGAGCCGCUGGUUCUAGGUGUGAAGAAGGACGGUUCCCUGGUGCUUGACUACAGGAGAAACUAUGUGCUGGUGUCCGGCUUCAAGGUGAUCAAAAUGGAGGACAAGGCUCACGGGCUGUAUGAAGUCAACAUCUCGCCAACAUCAGAUAGGACAGAUGAGAUGGAGAAUGAACACUUUGAGAAGAUGAGGCUGAAAAUGGAGGAGAAGGAUCUAAACUGGUUCCGCCUGAACAGCCAGUUUCUAAAGGAGCAGAUCCCUGGCCUGCCUGAAAGGUUUGAGUGGUGGGAGGCCCGGGGCUUCGUUGUCUGUGUGUUUGAUUAUGAGGUGGAGGAAAAGGAGCAAUGCGAAAAGUGGACCAAGUUUUCUAUUAAAGUGAGCGGCUACGAAGAGAUGCUUGUGAAACAUGCUGUCAUGCUUUUGGUACACUACAUUGCUAAACAUAAGCUACAAAGCUGCCCUGGCUGGAAUAUGGAGAUUGAUGAUAUCGUUGCUUGUCUUCUUCCUGAGAGGCAGCCAAACAUUGAAGAUAUUCAGGUGUCGUUAAUGCGAGGAUUUAGGUUUGAGGAUCGACUUACAUAUGAAGAAAAGGCGUCUUUAAUUAAACAUUAUCCUACACUAAAUUUUAGCAAAAUUUUAAUGGGUGUUGAUAAGGGGUUGGCAAAGACAUUGUUAGAUAGUGAAGACGACGCGGAGAAAAUGAAGAUGCGUAAAAUGAUUGAUGCUGUCGCUGAAAAAAAUUUACUUACCAAGAAUCUUCCAGUUAUUGAUGUUGCAGAGUUAAAGACCAAGCUAGGGCUGGAUGGGGAGCCAACAAAGGCCGAUAUUCUAUAUGAGCAGAUGAUGCAAGACCCAGCAAACUUUGAGUUCUUCACCCUGGCAGACAUUGAUGAAGAGGAGGGUUAUUGGGACCUUGGGCUGAAGUCAUUGGAGAUCCGCUGCUAUAACCGGCUGUUUGACCCCCCCGUAGAGGUGUGCCCAAUGUGUAAGCAGGUGGGUGUGCCCUGUGAGUGCUUCAAGCCUGAUAUACUCGAUGAAAAGGUCAAGAACUUCUUCCAUAAACAGGCGGGCUACUACAUUAAUUUUGAUGCACGAGGGAAAGACAAACGUGUCGAGCUGCCCAAAUUGCAAUACCAUGAGAGUAAAUUGAGCCUGGAUGAUGACCAUGUUGAGCCACCAAUGAAGGAGCAUGAUAUUCGUAAGGAGCUUGCCAAGGUCACAGACAAGUGUGUGGAGUUGGGCCUCAAUGUUGCUGAUUACGAGGUGACCACUCAGACCGACCUUCCCUCCAGCCUCGGUGGUGAAGCCAAUAUGGAUCCCCUGCCUGGUUGCCAUUGCAGUUUGAGCUUCAGGAUUGCAAGUGGCAAGAAGUACCAGACCAUAUCUAUUACUGUUGGAGCGUACAUGUCAGAAGAUAAAAUCCUGUAUAAUGCUGAGGUGAAGAGAAUUCAGGCAUUGCAGGAAGGGAACAUGUGCUGCUGUGCCAGGUCACAACUGGAGGAGGAAAUCAAACAGAUUGAAGCUAAACGAAUGGAGAAAAAAAGAUCGGUGAAAGGAAAAGUGCAGGAACAGAAGGCCAUAGAGGGUCCUGGUAAUACAGAGGUAAUGCAUAAGAUCCCUGAGAUGAAUGAUGAAAAUGUUAAAACAGAGGUAGACAACAAAAUAGACAAAAAUGAGAAAGAAAAGGAUGUUGAAAAACUUGAUGAAAAAGUUGAAAAGAUAGAAGUAGAUGGAGAAGAUGGUGUGCAAAAAAUUGAACUAAGUGAAGAGAGUAAGGUUGAUGAGAAGUCUGCAGUUGAAGAAAAACUUGAAGCAGGUAAUGUAAAUGAAGAAAUUGCAGAAAGCCCUGAGAAGGAACAAAAAAUUGAUUCAGAAAUAGACUCCAAGCCUAAUGAAGCAAAUGUUGAAAGUAUUGUUACAUUAGAAAAAAAGUCUGAAAUUUUAGAAAAUGAAAAUGAACAGGCUUUCAAACAUGAGGAGAGUGAAAAAAAUACGGAAAACAAUGUUACAACAGAAAAGACGGAAGGUAAAGAGGAAAAACCGGCCAAUACAGAAUUGGAGGGUGCGGUUGCAGGGGCUUCAAAUAUGGACAAUGUUGAUGCUAAAGUCGAAAAUGAAGAGCCUGCUGAUGAUCUUACCCUUGAACAGUUCUGUGACUUGAUGAAGAUGAAUUUUGAGGACGGCAUUGCUGCAUAUGCAAAAAUGAACAUUAAAAAACCAAUAAAAUUUCGAAGAAGAGAAAAUAAUUGCAAUGCUGACAGGAUAGUUGAGCUAAUGCAGAAAUCAUAUGACCAAGCAGAUAGAGAAGAGAGAAAGAAGCUGGAAAACCCACAGUGGUCUGUAAAUCAUGUGCCUGUGGUGAACAAAGAUACAAAGAAGGAGAUGUUUGCUGUCAACACUGUAAACAUUGGCAAGACUACGAUCAUGUUCACGACUGACACAAAAAAGGCAGAACCAAAGCAUGAGGUGAAGGAGAAGAAAAAAAUCAAAAAACAGAAGGUGGCUAAACUCCCAAAACGGAAAACAAUACAGGAUGAGUAUGAGAGAGCUAAAAACAAAGGACAGAUGGAAGACGUGGAAAAAUUGGAUAGGCAGAGAAUGUCAAUGUUGCAAUUGUUUGGAGACUUGGCCGGGGACGAAAAAAUUGGGGAGCAAAUAUCUGAUGCUCUUAUGAAGGUUGGGAGGCAUUACACAGAGGAGGAAUCUGAGGAGGGGAAAAGACGGAUGUUCAGUGAGAUGAAAAUGGAUAAAGAUGGCAACUACUUUAUGGAUGAGAAAUCAUUGAAGAGGAUAUUCGAUCCUAGGGAUAUUGAUGCCUUGAAGGGAAUAACGGAGGAAUUUUCUGACGUUAUCAAAGGGAGGGAAUACAAGCUGCAAGAUAUGGCAAACAAUCUGAAGUAUCAGCUAGGGCAGGAGUUUGGACCCGAACUUAUGAAUGACGCGAAAGUGGAAAAGAAGCCGGAAGAAAAACCCAGGAAGAAGAAACUGAAAAAGAAAAAACCGCCACCCAUGGAAGAUGUUGCAAAGGGAGAGGAAUUCCAACUGAGAGACUGUGGUCACUGCAACAAGAAGGAGCCUACCAGGAAAGCAUUCAAGAAAUGUCAGAUGUGCAAGGAUGAAGGUGUACUUGAGGUGCGCUACUACUGCUGUCGAGAAUGUCAAGUUGAAGACUGGAAGAACCGACACAAGAUGGAACACCGUGAUUGCCUGCUGGGCUAGGGGAAAUAAUUUAAAGAAAGAGAUUUGUGGCAACAUCGAAUAAGUACUGUCAUAUAACUGAACACUUUUUAUUGCACAGUUAAAUCGUUGAUGCUCUUCAGAAGCAUAAAUAGGCAGAACAAAGAAAUCAGUCUCAAAUAUAAAGUUUUUUAUGUGCUUUCUAUAAUCAUUCAUAUGUUAAAAUAUACAUUCAAGCAGAUUAUACAUUCAAGCAGAUUAUAAUUUAUAUUAUUAUCAUAAUGUUAUAGACAUGUUGAUUUUAAUUAUCAUGUUUGAAAAAUGAUGUUGUUUUUUGUUUGCAUUUUAUUUUCAAUCUUUCAGAGAAAUUGUAAGCAAGUAUGUGUGUUUCAGUUUCAUUUACUAUUGAUUUAAAUUGUAAGUUAAAUGAUGAGGGCACCCUUCUCCAAUGUUUGCAAAUAUUGUUACACAAUAUGUAUUUUCUUAUAAGUGGUUUCGCUAAUAAAUCUUUUCUUUUUUUCAAACUUAUUUUCACAAUAAUAAAUAUGAUAAAUCAGAGAUUUUAUGAUACAUAGGACAAGUUGGAAGACACUUUAAAAAUCACAAUUUUGGGAUUUAAGGUGCCUGACAUACAAAAAUAUUGUCAUUUUAUCGGGCAUUUGGUAUAUUUUUGAUAUUAUCCCUGAUGACUCCGUAAAAAGUUGGCAGCACUUCAAAGACACCUCUUGCUGAUAACUGAUGUAUUAAAUAUAAGACUGAUUUAUUGCCGUCAUUGCCGUCGGUGUUCUUCACUUCAGCUGGAAUGGAUUGUGAAAUGACCUGUGAUGUGAAAUGACCUGUCUAUCACGGCAUCAAAAAUUACACUUGUACAUCGUAGACCUUUAAUGUCAUUGGUAAUUAUGUAUUCAGUACUAUUUUAUUACGUGCCAUUCCUUGUUGAGAGUGUAAUAAAAACAUUUUCUUGUGUAAUCUAAUUUGAUAUUUUCUUUUCCCCUAGCAAAUUUAGCUUCAUACUUUACCAAAAAAUAAAUAGAAUGUUCCUUUUUGGUCAUAGAAUUGUCAUUUGAUGAAUACAAUCUGGAAUGAUCACAUGUGUGGUGUUGAUAAUUUAUCCUUCAUUGAUGUUUUACAUACUUCAUUUUUUGGUUGUUUUUGCAUUUAUUUAUUUUGGUUCAGUCCUCGUGUAGAUGUAGUUUAAUUCCUUUGUGCAUAGAAAUAAACAUGAUUGUUGGGUAUUUUCUAUGAAUUAUAUUGUUCUUUAUUUUUCUAUUUAAAAAUUUACACAAUCAGGCGUAUGUUAUUGAUCAUAUACAUCUGUUCCAUUUCAAUAGAUCACAGACCUGUUUUACUGUCAUACUGUGUAUAGUUUAGUUAUACUGUGUCGCAUUGGAUAUAAUUUUGUUUUACUAUAAUACCGUGUAUAAUUUAGUUAGACUGUGUCAUUCGGUGUAUAAUUUAGUUAGACUGUGUCAUUCGGUGUAUAUUUUAGUUAGACUGUGUCAUUCGGUGUAUAAUUUAGUUAGACUGUGUCAUUCGGUGUAUAAUUUAGUUAGACUGUGUCAGUUGGUGUAUAUUUUAGUUUGACUUUGGCAUACUGAGUUUAAUUUAGGUUUUCUGUCAUAACAAGUAUAAUUUUGUAUUACUGUUAUAUUGUAUGUAAUUUAGUUUCAUUGUGUCAUUUUGAGUAUAAUUUACUAAAACUGUCAUAAUGAGUUUAUUUUUUGCUGUCAUACUGUGUAUAAUUUAGUUAAAUCUGAAUAGUACAGCCACAUUUUGAAAUGGCAUGCGUUGCUAGAUCAUCGGGAUAUAUCGGUUUAUGUAAGUUUAUGGGAGAUAGGGGAGAAAGUUAAGGGCAUCAAAAACAACUACUUUUGUGUUUUUUUAAUGUUUGCCAUAAUCGGGAUUGUAUGGUUUAAGUUAAUCAUGAAAUCCUAUUGUCUCAAAUUCAUCCUGCUUUUCAUGUAUGCUUGAAUAAAAUUUUAGUGUGGAA